AUGGAAGCAUAUUAUGCAAAUUGUGGCAACGAAUUAAGUGGUAUCGAAUAUGAGGAGGUUAUAUUGGAAAAAUCAAAAAGUUGUCCACGUUUGGGUUUAAAAUUAUAUUACGGUACUGCAAACGAGAAUGAUACCGAUGUAUUCAUUGGAGAGGUUGAAAGUGGAAGUGUAGCAGAUCGUGAUGGGCGUCUUAGGCCCGGUGAUCAAAUAUUACAG